AUGGCUGACAAGAGAAAACUACAAGGUGAAAUUGAUAGAUGUUUGAAAAAAGUAGCAGAAGGUGUUGAACAGUUUGAAGACAUCUGGCAAAAGCUUCAUAAUGCAGCCAAUGCAAACCAAAAGGAAAAGUAUGAGGCUGACCUCAAAAAAGAGAUUAAAAAAUUACAGCGACUAAGAGACCAGAUAAAAACAUGGGUCGCAUCAAAUGAGAUCAAAGACAAACGGCAGCUAGUGGAAAACCGCAAACUAAUAGAAACGCAAAUGGAGCGAUUCAAAGUGGUGGAGCGAGAGACAAAAACGAAAGCCUACUCAAAAGAAGGCCUAGGUCUCGCUCAAAAAGUGGAUCCAGCUCAGAGGGAAAAGGAGGAGACGGGGCAGUGGUUAACGAAUACAAUAGACACACUAAAUAUGCAGGUGGAUCAAUUUGAAAGUGAAGUCGAAUCGCUCUCGGUCCAAACAAGAAAAAAGAAAGGAGACAAAGAGAAACAAGACCGUAUUGAAGAGCUGAAGCGGCUAAUUGAGAGGCAUCGAUUUCACAUUCGAAUGUUAGAAACCAUAUUACGGAUGCUUGACAACGACUCUGUACCAGUGGAUGCGAUUCAAAAGAUCAAGGACGAUGUCGAGUACUACAUAGAUUCCUCUCAAGACCCCGACUUUGAAGAGAAUGAAUUCCUGUACGACGACUUGGACCUAGAAGACAUCCCCGCAGCGUUAGUAGCCACAUCUCCGUCAGGUCAAGAGGAUGAGAUGUUCCUCCAAUCAAGCAGCACUCCCACCUCCACCACGUCUUCGUCACCUAUUCCUCCAUCGCCCGCCACCUGCACAGCUGAGAACUCGGAGGACGAUAAGAAACGGGGGCGAUCGACAGACUGUGAAGUGAGUCAGUCACCUGUGAAAAAUGGUACCCCAUCGCUGCUCUCUUCGUUUUCCUCCUCGUCGACCUCCGGCUCGUCCUCGUCCUCGUCUCUUGUUUCCAUGGCGAGUGUUGUCGGGGGUAUUCCUUCGGUUCCUACAAGCAGCAGUCUCAUCGGUAGCUUCAGCAGCGCAGUGCAACAGCAUCAGCAUCCUCCUGUGCUGCAGCCGUUACAGGCUCAGCCCCUUCAGUCCAAACCCUCAGUGACGCCACACAGUGACCCCAGCCCCCCAUCGAAUCCUCUCCUGCCCGCCUCCAGUGCUCCCUCUCUGCCCUCGCCCAGCUCACCUAGCUCCUCUGGGCCUGGAGCUCUGCCCUCUGCCUCUCCUGUUUCCAGCCUUAGUCUGGGGCUGGGCUUAGGUCUGAGCAAAGGCCUGACAGGGACCAGUUCCUCUCAGAUCCCAGGACUGGGUUUAGGCCACGCCCCCUCGCUGAACUCCAUGGCGAGCCUCAUCUCUGGCUCCACACCGGCACCUUACGCUCAGGCUGCGGCCUCUGGAGCACUAGGCCUGAACAGCAGCAUUUCAGCUGAGAGCACCUCCACCUCGGCCUCCAGCGUCACCACCAACGGCACAAGCACAGGCCUGGGGCUGCUGGGAAACAGCCCUGUGCACAGCUCUCUGAGCAGCAGCAUUUUGGGACUGGUCCCUGGACAGAGUGUGGCCCCUGGUAGCCCUCAGGUCCCUCCCAGUUCGCUCAGCUCGCCGCCUGGUGUGGUGUGCUUGAUGGGAGGCAACACAGGCAGCGUCGGAGUAGGAGUCAAUUCUGCGCCUGCCAGACCGCCGAGCGGACUCAAACAAAACGGUAGCGCAAGUUACAGCGCGGUUGUUGCGGAGAGUUCUGCAGAGUCUGCUCUGAGCACGAGCCAGUCGCAGAGCAGUCAGCCUUCAUCACUCAGCUCCUCCAACAGUCAGCCGAUGGACAACGGGCCCAGUUUAAUCAGCUCCAUCACCUUGCCGCCCAGCUCGCCGUCCCCAUCCUUCUCAGACACCACACCUGGUGGAGGGAGUCUACUCAACGGACCCCACUCCUACUCUCAAGCCUCUGAAGCCCUCAAGGCUCCGGAGCCUCUCAGUUCUCUGAAGGCGAUGGCGGAGAGAGCAGCUCUCGGCUCGGGUCUGGACGGAGAGAUCAGUAAUCUGCAUCUAACAGACAGAGAUAUUUUCUCCGGCUCUUCUGCAGCGCCCGGCACUCCCGCUGCUCCUCAACCGUCCGUUUCUGAAGUCAGCAUACCCCCUUCGCUCGGGGUGUGUCCCCUCGGCCCCACGCCGCUGCCCAAAGACCAACUUUACCAGCAGGCCAUGCAGGAGUCGGCCUGGACACACAUGCCCCACCCGUCAGACUCAGAGAGGAUCAGGCAGUACUUGAUGAGGAACCCAUGUCCGACGCUGCCAUUUCACCACCAGGUGCCGCCACAUCACUCUGACUCUAUAGAGUUCUACCAGAGACUGUCCACAGAAACACUGUUCUUCAUCUUCUACUACCUGGAGGGCACAAAAGCACAAUAUCUGUCUGCAAAGGCGCUGAAGAAGCAGUCGUGGAGGUUUCACACAAAGUACAUGAUGUGGUUCCAGCGGCACGAAGAGCCCAAGACCAUCACAGACGAGUUUGAGCAGGGCACUUACAUUUACUUUGACUAUGAAAAAUGGGGCCAGAGGAAAAAGGAGGGCUUUACCUUUGAGUAUAGGUACCUGGAAGAUCGUGAUCUACAGUGA